AUGGUGGCACACCAAAAUGACACCGACCGCACUGGAAUUUCAGACGUCCUUCUGAAUUGUUUUGUCACAUCUCCUGGCUGGCAGCUCUGGCUGUCCCUGCCCCUCAGUCUCCUCUUCCUCAUGGCCAUGGGGGCCAAUGCUGUCCUUCUGAUCACCAUCCAGCUGGAGGCCUCCCUGCAUGAGCCCAUGUACUAUCUGCUCAGCCUCCUCUCCCUGCUGGAUAUUGUGCUCUGCCUCACUGUCAUCCCCAAGGUCCUGGCCAUCUUCUGGUUUGAUCUCAGGCUCAUCAGCUUCUCUGCCUGCUUCCUUCAGAUGUAUAUCAUGAAUAGCUUUCUAGGCAUGGAAUCCUGUACAUUCAUGGUAAUGGCCUUUGAUCGCUAUAUAGCCAUCUGCCACCCACUGAGAUACCCAUCCAUCAUCACUGACCAAUUUGUAGUAAAGGCUGUCAUUUUCAUUGUGGCCAGGAAUGUCUUUAUAUCUCUGCCCAUCCCCAUUCUCUCAGCACGACUCUAUUACUGUGGGAGAAAUGUCAUUGAGAACUGUAUCUGUGCCAAUAUGUCUGUCUCCAGGCUCUCUUGUGAUGAU